AUGGAACCAGAAGAAACAACAGUUUUAAAUCCAAGCGAACUCUUCGAAAUGAUCGACGGCAUAUGUUGGGCACCAGAUUGGGGUUCGCAUAGCCUUCACUUUGGCUUGUCGUAUGAACCGACGGCAAGUGAUCUGUUUAUUGCCACCUAUCCGAGAAGUGGAACGACUUGGAUGCAAAAUAUUGUCUACAAUCUUCUGAACGAUGGACAACCUUUCGAUGCGAAUAUUGAUGAUUUUUUUCAACAAAAUCCUCAUUUAGAAAUCGAUGGCAAACAAAGUAUCAACAUGAUGCGACGACCAGGUGCAAUAAAAACUCAUUUACCUAUGGAUCGAGUACCAUACAAUCCAUUGGCCAAAUAUAUAUGUGUUAUUAGGAAUCCGAAAGAUGUUUGUAUUUCUUACUAUGUAUUCUAUAACAUGUGGUCUGAUGUGCCGAAACUUGAUUUUGAUCGUUUUUUCGAAUUUUUUCUCGAAGGAUAUUUACCAUUCGGCAAUUAUUUUGAAGCUCUUCGAUCUGCAUGGCAACGAAGUCACUAUAGCAAUGUUCUACUUGUUUCCUAUGAAGAAAUGCGAACUGAUUUUCAAUCUGUGAUACAUAAGAUCGCCGACUUCAUCAAUGUUGAGUUGACCAAUCAUUUACUGGAGAGAGUUAUGAAACAUGCGUCAUUCGAUUACAUGAAAAGCAAAUUUGAUGAUGAACGACGAACAUUUGAAAAAAAAUUUAUCGAUAGUAUUGAAGAUAAUGCGGUCGCUGCUCAACGACAACAAAUAUUUAUGGCUGAGUCAAAUUUGAAAACUAUGCGUAAAGGAGAAAUCAACGAUUGGAAGUCUAUUAUGACUCCACAGCAAAGUCGACGUAUAUAUCAACGCUUUAUAGAUGCAUGUCAAGGAUGUGAUGGAUUGGAGAAUUACUGGUCGAAAUGGAAUGUUUUCUCAUCUGAUAUUGAAGCAAUUGACAAAUAA